GUGGACGAUUUGAUCGUCUCCGGAGAUGCUAAGGUGCUUUCGAGUUUGAAGGAGCGCCUCUUUGAGCGCUUCAAGUUCGGUAAAUGGGAGGAGGGGGAGGCUGACUAUGCGGGGCGGCAUAUACAGCAGAAGGGAACGAAGAUAAUCGUAGAUCAGGAGAAAUACGUCCGUGAGCAACUGACCCCCAUUGCCCUUGACAAGCAUCGCCGAGGGGAGACCUCGAGCGCCUUGACUGCCGCGGAAAUUUCGUCUUACAGGACGACCGUGGCCCAGAUCCAGUGGCUGGCGCGCGAAUCGCGUCCAGAUGUCUGCGGCGGCGCCUCGCUGUUGGCGGCCGCUUUGCCUGAGCCGACAGUCGAGGACGCCCUGAUGGCGCUCUCGGAGAGCGCCCCUUUCAUGGCGAAGAGCAUCCCCCGAGAGGCUCAG